CUUCUGACGUGAACGCGCAUUUCAGUCCUCGUGCCCACAAGCGCAACUUCACCGACUGCACCUUUUUUCUCCUCCAGGUUUAUCAUUUGUUUUUAUUCAUUUCACUUUUUUUAUUCCACUCAUCCACACUAUGUGGAAAUCUGUGGUGGGUCAUAAUGUGAACGUGAAGGUGGUGUCUGAGGGAGACGACUGGGAAACGGAUCCAGACUUUGAGAACAAUGUGUCUGAGCAGGAGCAGAGGUGGGGAUCAAAAACCAUUGAAGGAUCAGGACGCAAAGAGGCCAUCAGUGUGGCUGAGCUCAGACAGAAGGUGUCUCAGGAGCAUGAAUUAGUGAAGAAGAAGGAGCAGGAGGAAGGUCCUAAAGCUUCGUAUGGAUAUGGCGGCAAAUUCGGUGUCGAGAAAGACAGGAUGGAUAAGGAUGCAGUGGGGCACAGCUACGUAGCCCAGGUGUCUCAGCACUCGUCCCAAACGGACGCAUCAAAAGGUUUCGGAGGGAAAUUCGGUGUACAGAAAGACCGUAUAGACCAGUCUGCUUUGGGCUACGAGUAUAAAGGGCAAGUGGAGCAGCAUGCCUCUCAGAAAGAUUACUCUAAAGGCUUCGGAGGGAAGUUUGGAGUGCAGAAGGAGCGAGUGGAUAAAGCGGCUCUGGGGUACGAUUAUAAAGGAGAAACCGAGAAACACGAGUCUCAGAAAGAUUACUCUAAAGGCUUCGGAGGGAAGUUUGGAGUGCAGAAGGAGCGAGUGGAUAAAGCGGCUCUGGGGUACGAUUAUAAAGGAGAAACUGAGAAACACGAGUCACAGAAAGAUUACUCUAAAGGCUUCGGAGGGAAGUUUGGAGUGCAGAAGGAGCGAGUGGAUAAAGCGGCUCUGGGGUACGAUUAUAAAGGAGAAACUGAGAAACACGAGUCUCAGAAAGACUACGCUAAAGGUUUUGGAGGACGCUACGGCGUACAGUCUGACCGUAUGGAUAAGAGCGCAGCCUCCUUCAGCGACAUGGAGUCUCCCACCACGUCCUACAAGAAAACUUCACCGCCCGAGGCCUUGAGCUCAGGAGCCGGAAGCCUGAAGUCCCGCUUUGAGAACAUGGCGAAGACAACAGAGGAAGAAAAUAGGAAGCGAGCGGAGGAAGAGCGAUUGAGGAGACAGGCUCGAGAAAAGAGAGAAAAAGAGGAGGCACAGAAAAGAGAAAAGGUGACCAUCCGUGAGUAUGAGGAGGAGGAACAGAGGCCUCCUGUCAUACCUGAAGCUGUGAAAUCAUCACAAGACUUUAGACCACUUCCUGAAAUUCCCAGAGACUCUCCAGAUCCUGAAACCCAGGAGGAUAAUGAGGAGCCUGAGUAUGAUGAUCCCCCAUCACUGCCCCCUCGAUCUGAUGACCUGUUAGAGGAAGACGACUCUGGACCUCCUCCUCUUCCUCACAGAGACAUUGAUGAAGAAUACGAGGACAUCGGAUCAGCUCAUUUCACUGAGGAAGACGACUCUGGACCUCCUCCUCUUCCUCACCGAGACAUUGAUGAAGGAGAAUACGAGGACAUCGGAUCAGCUCAUUUCACCGAGGAAGACGACUCUGGACCUCCUCCUCUUCCUCACCGAGACAUUGAUGAAGGAAAAUACGAGGACAUCGGAUCAGCUCAUUUCACCGUUGUUGAGAACGAUUAUGAAUCUAUAAACCCCAACAGCAAGUCAGCCAGGGCUCUGUACGACUAUCAGGGCGAGGCUGAUGAUGAGAUCUCCUUCGUGCCUGAUGACAUCAUCACUAACAUCGAGAUGGUGGACGAGGGCUGGUGGAAGGGAAGCUGUCACGGAAACACCGGCCUUUUCCCAGCAUCCUUUGUGCAGCUUCUCUAGACAACAUCCUAAACAAUGCCCAGUGUUUCUCUAUGAAUGACAUCUUUCUCUCUUGAUUUGCUUUGUUACUGGUUGCCAGAUCUGCUAAAAGCCCUAAAGAAACCAUAAAAGUUCCUCUGGGGUUUAAUUCACUGUGUAUCUGCUCAGUCAGUCAGGUGUUGUGUUGGUGUGAUGCAGAUUGGGUGUAAACAUUUAUUAUUAUUGUUAUUAUUAUUAUUUCUUUAUUGACCCACAGACAGAGGUGUGAUAAAGUGUGUUCUGUGAA